AUGCUCGAUUUGAACGAGGAUCAAUUAUUGAGGGUACCGAUUUGCAGUAAAGGCGAGCUGGAAAAGAGCACCGCCGGAUAUUUCGGAACUCGCCGUUUGGAUCCUGAACAAUGGAUCGCGUGGGCAAGCGAAUGCAAAUAUCUUCCCGAAUCCGAUGCAAUUUCGCUAUGCGCCGCACUAAUCGACCGGCUGGUAAUGGAGCCGAACGUCGUGCCAAUCUCGUCGCCUGUCACAAUUUGCGGCGAUAUUCACGGCCAAUUCUAUGAUCUACUCGAGCUUUUCAAAACCGGCGGAACGGUUCCCGAGACGAAAUAUAUAUUCAUGGGCGAUUAUGUCGAUCGCGGGCAUUAUAGUCUCGAGACAGUCACUCUAUUGUUUUGCUUAUUGCUUAAAUAUCCGGAUCAAAUCACGCUGUUGCGCGGCAAUCACGAAUCGCGGCGAAUCUCGAGCGUUUAUGGGUUCUAUGAUGAAUGUCAGAACAAAUACGGGCAUGGAAAUGUGCACAAAUGGUUCUGCAAGGUGUUCGACCUUCUGCCAAUUGGUGCUCUUGUCGACGAUCAGACCCUUUGUGUUCACGGAGGAUUGUCGCCGGAUGUGCGAACAAUCGACAGUUUAUUGUCAUUGGAUCGAGCUCAAGAAGUUCCAAAUAGGGGACCUCUAUGUGAUAUAAUGUGGUCCGAUCCAGACGAUGAAGCUGAAGAAUGGAUGAUGAGUCAACGAGGAGCUGGAUGGCUCUUCGGUGCCAAAGUGACUCACCAAUUUUUGCAUAAUAAUGACUUGUUGCUUCUUUGCCGGUCGCAUCAGCUCGUUGAUGAAGGGUUCAAGUUUAUGUUCAACGAGAAGGUGGCCACGGUUUGGUCAGCACCAAAUUACUGCUAUCGGUGUGGAAAUGCUGCGGCGGUGUUCGCAAUCGACGGCGCUCAUCAUGAUGUGAAGUACUUCGCCGCGGUUCCGGAGGAGAAUCGCGAGAAGCCGGAACGCGUCGUGGCACCCUAUUUCUUGUAA